GUUCAGGGCUGGUGAAAUUCCAACAUGGCAGUGGCUGUGGUCAGUGUUUCCUGCGUUAACUUGGGAUGGUUUCAGCUCGCACGCAACCCGGCUUAACCUCGGCACCCCGUUCGUCAGCAGCACCCCUCCCCGGGAUCGAUGCGACCCUAACCCCCCACGUGAGAGGUCGACCUGUCGCUAAAAAAACAGCACGAGAUGAUCAGCAGCAGCAGCGUCUAUGGCUUAAAGAUGCAGUGGACCCCCGAGCACAGCCAGUGGGCCGAACAGCAUUUCGACAUCUCCUCCACCACACGCUCGCCAGCCCACAAGGCUGAGGCCUACAGGGCGGUACCUGGGCACCUGCAGCGCUCAGCCACCUACCAGUACGCCUGGGCCAAUGACGACAUCUCCGCCCUCACCGCCUCCAACCUGCUCAAAAAGUACGCCGAGAAGUAUUCCGGCAUUCUGGAGAUGCCGGGUUCCUAUUCGGAGGCCCCGGGAGUGAUGAACGGGCGGAAAGGUGAAUCAGAGCCCUGGCAGGAUGGCGUCUAUCCCAUGAGCUGCAUCCCCGAGGGGGUUUCCGUCAGAAAGGGAGGGGUGGCGGCGGCCUCAGAGGUGGUGUCUGGCAUGUGCAGCUCCCCGGGCCUGGCCUCUAGCACCCUGAGCGAGCCCAGCUACUCAAGCAGCAGCUGUGGGAGUCACACUGCCACCGCCCUCCACUCCUCCUCAAUGCCCUCUCAGGAAUAUGGCCCUCCGUACAGCAGCUCCUACCUGCACAGUAGUUACAGCUCCCAGUCUGCCCCCGCCCCAGCACUUCCAUCCCCGCUGCACAGCUCUGGGCUCCUGCAGCCACCCCCUCCACCACCCUCCCACCCCACUUUGGUCCCAGCUUACAACGGAGGCUCCCCCAACUUGUCUAGUUAUAAUUACCCCCCAGCAGGCUACCCAGCUCAGAGCUCGGUCGGGCCAGGAUACAGCCCUGGGGGAGCGCCGCCUCCAUCCUCAUACCUCCCCUCAGGCAUUGCUGCACCUACACCCCUUCCCCCCUCUUCUGCUUUACCUGGAUACCCAUACCAGAGCCACAACCUGACCCCAAUCGCCCCCACCCCUCUCAACAGUAGCUCCUCCAACUCACUCAAGAGGAAAGCCUUCUACAUGACAGGCCAAGGAGAGAUAGACUCCGCUUAUGGUAACUUCAGCUAUGGCCAGGCUCGGAGCUCGGCUGAGAGCCCCAUGUACAGGAUAGCAGACAGCAGCAGUGCUAAUGGAGGCUCCAACAGUGCCGGUGGUGGAUUUGACAGAAGUGCUGAAAAGUCAUCUUUACCUUUUAAUCCUCAGAAGCAGUCCUCGAUGUCCUCAGAGCAGCAGCAGAGGAAGUACAGCAGCCAGGCAACAGGUGGGCCGCUGACUCCACCGGCCUAUGUCACCUCCACCCUGGGGGGUUCCCGCUCAGCAGAUUCCCUCGCCAGCUUCACCUCCCCUUCCCUUAGCGAGCAAGGUGCUGAUGAUCAUCGUCUCCACCUCUCCCAUUCAGCACCAGGGCCUACCUCCUCCUCAUCUACUUCCUCCUCCCGGCCUGCUGAAGAGCAGCUAAAAACCAGUGACCCUCACCUCCUAGACAUGGUUACCUCUGAAAUAGUUCAGCAGGGGCCCCCAGUCGAUUGGAGUGACAUUGCAGGACUAGAACUGGCCAAGGCAACCCUGAAGGAGGAGGUCCUGUGGCCCAUUCUGCGCCCAGACAUGUUCAGCAGUUUAGGACCAGCCCCACGUUGCGUGUUGCUGUUUGGCCCCAGAGGCAGUGGCAGGACGUUGCUGGGUCGCUGCCUGGCCAGCCAGUUGGGGGCACCAUUCCUCCAGCUCAAUGGGUCUACGUUGGCCACCAAGUGGCUGGCAGAGGGAGAAAAAAUUAUCCGAGCAUCCUUCCUGGUGGCACGCUGCCGGCAGCCUUCAGUACUGUUCAUUAGUGAGGUGGACAUGCUGCUGUCAGCCCACCUCAGUGAAGAGAGUCCCAUCAACCGACUGAAGGGAGAGCUACUUGCCCAGUUGGACUCACUUCUCAUGGGCUCAGGCGAGGACGGAGGCAACCAAGUGUUGGUGAUUUGCUCCACAAGCAGACCCCAGGACAUGGACGAAGGGCUGCGCAGGUACUUUGCUCGGAGGGUCCUCGUGCCCCUGCCGGAUGGCGCAGCCCGACACCAGAUCGUGAGCCAGCUCCUGGCUCAAUCUCAGCACAAAUAUUGCUUGAGCGAGGAGGAGCUGGCGCUGCUGGUCCAACGCACUGAGGGUUUCUCCGGACUGGACCUGGCCAGAUUCUGCCAGGAGGCCCUCGUGGGUCUGUUACACGUCUCUGCACAGGGCAUGGACAUGUCGGGUAUGAUGCCCAGGGGACAGGUCAGGCCCCUCACCUACCAGGACUUUGAGAGUGUCUUUUGUAAAUUCCAAGCCAGUAUAUCACAGAAAGAGAUUGACACGUACACUGAGUGGAACAAAAUGUUCGGCUGCAGCCAGUGAAACGAUAGAUUCCGCCCUUGAGAAAAAGAGGCAUCCACAAUUCCUCCCCUCAGGGCAGAAGCAUUGUGCUGGAGGGAAAGGCACACAGAAGGCCAACACAAGCCCACUGAGUUCUCACAAGCAGGGUUUAGACGCACCAAGAGACCUAGUUUGAUGAGACAACUGGCAGUUUUGCAGUUAAUGAGGAAGAUUUUUAAUUUGAAUGCUUGACACUACAGAAAGCCAGGCAUUGUUUACACAUUGCAAGCAAGUUGGCUUCAGAAGAGACACCCCAGUGUCUGUGUAUAUAUCGUUAUGUUCUUGUUCUUGAGAUUUAGUUGGCUAUCCAAGUGCCUGAAGUGGUGCUUUCUGAUUUUCUUUCUUUGUUUAUUUGCCUCACAAUCUACAUUCAUGGCAUGAGCUGAUGAUUAUUAAGAGCUUUAAAACUUCAGCGGUGAGUCUGAAAAGCAGAGAUUGACAGUUGCCAUUGGUGGUGGUCAGUCAUUCUUUAUUGUCUUGCUAAGAACAGUAAUCCAUCAGGGCGGCAGUAGUCUGGGCCCUGACUCGCACUCAUCUCUUCUGAUCCUGUGUCUGCAAAACAAACGUAACAAACAAAACUCAGGAAAGCGUUUGUCAAUUGUACAGUACCUCAAGAUAUCUUGACGAAAAGCACUAAGAUCUGAGAGCAGAAUCCGAGGCGUUUUGGCAGUUUAUGUUUAGUGAAGCAGUGUUUGGUGUACCUCAACUGGCUUGGAUACAUAGCAAAGAGGUGACAAUGAAUGUACUAGAUAUGUUCUGAGAUGGUGGAACAUAAUCAACAGUGAGAGUAAAAACAUUAUUUCUUUCUUUUUUUCUCCUCACAGCAGGUGCUUCAGUUACCUGCCUCAACUCGACCAAUCCUGAAGCUUAUUUCCAUCGCUUUAAAAAAAUUAAAUUGGGGGUUGUAAGAGACUGGCAGGGGUUGGGGUGAUGGGAGUUGUAUAUUUAUUAAAACAACCAUAAUCAACAUUGUUUAUAUUAUGCGAUCUAGGCUAUAUGGUUAGGCUGCAUGGAGGCGCCAUCAGUUUGUCAGCUAACUUCUGCGCAAAAUAUCAGCUCAUUUGUCAUACUGUUUAGUGAGGGGAGAUUGUACUCUCUGACGUGGAUGAACUUGACGCUAAAAACACCUCCAAAAAAUUGAAAGGAAUUGUUGGACAUUUUGGGAAAUCAUUUGCUCUCUUACUGAAAGUUAAAUGAGAAGAUCAAGCAGGUUUGCUUAGCUUGGCUUAAAAACUGAGCACAGGGAAACAGUUAGCAUCUGUCGGACUAUUUUUCUUGUUUAAUUCGUAUGAAAACUGAAGUGUUGAAACACUGUGGUUUUACCUGUCUUUGUGACAUUAACAGGCUAUAGAGUGAGUUCGUUAGCUCAGCGGUGCGUGAAACCACAAUUGUGGUUGUACGUGUAGAACCCUCUGUUUCUUUGAACAGCAGCAUGCUAAGUUUAGUGUCAAGCAGCAGAUUGGAUUCACAAAUGCACCCAACAAUUUUUGGUUUUAUACGCUGCUAAGCUAACAGGCUAUAGCCAGCAGCCUGGCAGCUUAGCAGCACUUAAACAAUUAGUGGUUUUACAUGCAUACAAACUAAGGGGCUGCUGGCUGUUGCCUUGUAUUGAAAGGACCGACACAAGAGUGGUAUUGACCUUCUCAUCUAACUCUGCAAGAAAGCAAAUAAGUGUAUAACCCAAAAUGUCAAUUUACUCUUUCAAAUCACAGCGAUAUCAAAGACAAUUUACUGUAUCUCAUUCUAUGAAUUAAAUGUUUGACUUAAUGUCAUUUGAUCUAGUUUACUCCAGCUGGUUUCAGCCAGAAAUGCUGUAUUGGAAAUAAGCAGCUCAACUGUUGCGUUCAAGGAAAAAUCUGUUUUUAUAACAGUACACUAGGAUUAAGGGAGCUCACUGCAGAUAUCCUCCUAGUUUUUAAGUUGGAUUUGAUAGGUGUCACAACCUAGAUAUGGAAAUAUGGAUUUUGCAAAGUUGCCUUGUCACUCACACUGUUUAGCUGUAUUUGAACUGGAUUAGCUGUAGGAGGGGAUGCCACUUCUGUAAUUUAAAUUAGACAAGGUCAUUCAUCCAGUGCAUUGCUAUAAUUUUUGUAAGUGUGCAAAGUAGAGAGGAAAUAAGUGUUUUUGCUGGAGGUCUGAGGUCAUUUCAUAAUAGCAAUUGUGAUUGAUUGACAUCUCUGUAAAGCCAAUAGCAUUAUUAUUGUAGAGGCCAUGUUAUUGUCCAACCAGUGGGGGUAUACAUGGUGAGCAAAACUAUUUUAAUCAAACAUGUUUGAUGCAAAAUGACUGCCCCAGACUAACUAAUCCAAUUCAAACAUUUUUUUCUGUAACUGUAUCGGUUUUAUUUUUCACUAUAUUUAAACAGAUGGCAUCUUAAUGCAUUUGGAUACAUACUUCAGUUGACUGAAAAGCUUUGUAACAUGAGUGAGGAAUUGUGGCACUAGUCUUAAAGUCCUUCAUCGCUGAAGGUUAUCUGUUGCCCAUUGUGUUGCAUUGGAAUGUAUUUUUGUCUCUUCCUUGUCACCGUGUAAGAAGCUGUCCUUUAGCUCCACUGUUGUGACACAGGAGUACUUAAGAUAGUUUAAUGUACGUGCACUAAAGCAUUUUGUGUGUAAUAUUGUUUUGUUGAAAUGUAUGAAUUUGCUUUGUCUGUCUGGUAUUUAUCCUGAAGGAGAUUUCAUUUAUCUGAACUGAUUAUCAGUUUUACACUUUUACUGUACAUCCUGCUUUUUUAUUCUUCCUUUUAUAAUACCAGUGAAGUAGGAGCUAUACUGUAUGUUCAGGCCCACUCUGUGUUGCUAUCUCUGGUCUCGGCACCAUCAGUGCAGCACCUGAUGUGGGGGGAAAAAAAAAGUUCUGCUGAGCGUCAGCAAAAUUGACGGAAAGGAAAGACAGCCAGGCAGUGUGGCGGCAGCACAAGGGGAAAGCAGAGUGGUCCGUCAGAAAACCACCCUCAAAACAAUCUGUACCAGAAUUCCUUCUGUCAGCAAAUCCUCUGGAGAGAGAGUCCCUUUAGACAGAAAAACCUACUAAUGCACUUCAGAGCACACAACAACAGCACAGGCGUUCUCUCCCCCCCACCCUCCCCGUUCUCCACAGCCGACGAACAAACGACUUGAAACACACCGGUCAAUGCUACGCUUGUUUGUUACGUGUUUUGUGGUCCUUCUUUUGUGUCUCGACCUUUUUUCUACAUGGUGUUUAAAUCUAGCUUUUUAUUUUGAACCCUUUCUUUAAAUGGACGCUAGAGUUCUUCUUUAAAGCAUUUCUACCUCAUGGCUACAAAACACACGUGGUAUUUGAUUUACGUCUUUCCAAAUGUCAGACAUUUGUGAAAAAUGCAUUGAAAAAUUAAAAAACAAAAAGAAAGAAAAAAAAAAGAAGUGAAGAGAAUAACACCAUGAAGUUUUGCGCAGUCUACCUCAGAUGACUGUACUUAAAACAUUUAGCUGAUGGUGCAACCGCAGGCUGCAGCAUAGCCUAGUGUGUGUGCGUGCGUGUGCGUGUGUGUGUGUGGGUGUGUGUGUGUGUCUCUGUCACUGUGUGUCAGAUCGGAGCUAUAGGCGAAACACACACACGCACCUGAUAACACUGACGUCAAAAACACACUCACAAGCGAUUUGUGAGGAAGGAACAGUUGGGGUCGACCUAAAGGUGACCUGGAAAUGUAUAAUCCAAUACAUUUGCUUUAAUCUUUUGUGAACUACUGUGGUUGUGCGCGUGUGAAUGUGUAUAUACGUGGGCACACUCUUCUUUUUUUUAUUUAGUGUGUUGAAUUUUAUAAAUUGUUAGUAUAUAUAACACACUUGCACAACUUUAAACCAGAGUGUAACGUGUUUCUGUUGUACAUACCUAUACAUACAAUACAAAUGCACCACUUGUUUAUAUGUGUGAAUAUGUUGCCAUACUUGCAGUCAAUGUAUUUUCAUGUAAUCUUAGGUACAAGCAGCAACAAACGAUUCAUUAAAGACAUUUUCUU